UCAAGCUUCAAUAUCGUCGAAGCUUCCUCCACCCCCACCGCUUCUCCAACUAACCCAUCUUCUCUCUAACUCCCCUCUACCGCACCGAGCGAUAAUCUUGAUUCUUGCCAUGUGAACCCCUAACCUUAGUUCAACCAACGGAGUUCUCCCCAUGACGAGAUUCCAGCUCCACCUUGGCUUCCUUUUCUCUUCGCCUCUCUCACGCCGCGCCCCCGUGGAUGUGGUUGAGGACGAAGACAUCGAGACCGAGAGCGAGGGCGAGAGCGAGUGUGGCGACGAUCUAAUAUCAUCCCCGACGAUCAUAAAACCCACGGAGAAGAGAAAUAGAGAACGACAGGAACGCCAGUUCUCCAUAGGGGCGAUGGCGACGGCGGCGUUGCGGAGGUCUGCUGCGAUUUGUAGCGUUGGAACCGGCGAGGUAGGGGCUGGCACUUGCAUGGACAUCGGCUGGCCUUCAGAUGUUCAACACAUCUCCCAUGUGACUUUCGAUAGGUUCGAUGGGUUUCUUGGUUUGCCUGUGGAGUUCCAGCUCCAUAUCCCUUGCAAAGCUCCCAGCGCCAGUGCCACAGUUUUUGGAGUCUCUGCUGAAUCUAUGAAAUGUUCAUAUGAUAGUAGAGGAAACAGUGUGCCAACUAUUUUACUGUCCAUGCAACGGUACCUGUAUUCACAAGGCGGCCUUAAAGUAGAAGGAAUAUUUAGAAUUAAUGCAGAAAAUGGGCUAGAAAUGCUUGCCAGAGAGGAACUAAACAAAGGUAUUGUGCCACAUGGAGUUGAUCUACACUGUUUAGCUGGUUUGAUUAAGGCAUGGUUUAGAGAACUACCAAAUGGGAUUCUAGACUCCCUCCCACCAGAACUGGUGAUGCAUUGCAAUGCCAAAGGAGAGUGCUCCCAGCUCAUUGAGAUGCUGCCGCUUACCGAAGCGGCAUUGCUUCACUGGGUUGUCAAUUUGAUGGCUGACGUUGUGGAGCACGAACAAUACAACAAGAUGAAUGCUCGAAACAUAGCCACGGUUUUUGCUCCUAACAUGACUCAGAUAACUGAUCCUUUAACAGCAUUGAUCCAUGCUGUUCAAGUGAUGAACUUUCUCAAUACAUUAAUCAUGAAAAUCCUCCAUGAAAGACAGCAGUCAGCUGCCGAAGCUCCAGAGUUGCAUUCUAACCCUAAAUCUCACCGGAAUGAUGACGGCCUUGAUUUCUCGGAGGAUUCUUACGUGGGUUUGAAUGGCGAAAUUGGUAGUUUAGAUGCCUCGGAAAGUGAUGCUGAUGCAAGCUUCCGGAGCUUUGAAAAGAGGAGUGAAGUUGACGAAUGUGAAUUCAUUUCUGGAAGGCCUUCACCAACUUCAAGCGAUUCAGAUGAAUCUAAAAGCGGAUAUGCCAAAGGUUUCUUAAAUCAACUGAGCCUUAGGAAAGGAAUGCAGAAGCUUUGCAGGCAUUCUGUGUUCUUGUUGAGCAGAUCCACGAAGAAGACGGGUGAAUUGGCUGUUUGAUUUCUGCAUAAUGCCAAUAAGGAUUAAUUGUAGGGGCUUGAUCUUGGUAUGAUGUUUGGUACAUCAUGUUUGUAAUUAAUGAUAUCAUUUGCGUGCUAACCAUGUGAAUGAAAAAUGUCAAAAAUAAAAAAAAAUAAAGGGUGAUUGUACAGUGAUUUCAGUUAUUUUUUAGGUUUUAGUGAUCUUAAAUUUAACGGUGAUUUCGAAAGAAUUAUUGUGGUUGCUACAU